AUGAAACGACCACCACUACUCGAACAAUACACUGCUCUCGGAGAUUUUUCAUCAAUUUUUCAUCAUUUCAACCAUCACGUAGAACAUCAAUUGGAAUUUAAAACCUACUUGAAAACAAUGAUUAAAAAUCGACCAUCUACACCACCACGGGAUGGUUUAAAAAUUAAUGAAAUGGAUUAUCAUUUAAUUGAAAUUGCUUCCAUGUAUGGACAUUUAGAAAUUCUCAAAUAUUUAAUUUCGUUAUUUCAUGAUGAUGAUGAAGAGGAAGAGGAGGCAUGUCUAAUGAAUUCGAAAUUGACCAUCACUGCCUGUUUGAUGAAUCAAGCAUUGAUGACGGCAUGUCAAUUCAAUCAAAUUGAAAUUAUUGAAUACAUCAUGACUCAUAUAGAUCCUAAGGAUAUUCAAUAUAGUGUUUAUGACUCUGAAACUGGAUCCAAUGGCUUGACCAUUGUGAAUGCUCUUCGAACUGGAAAUUUUGAAAUGGUUCGAGCAUUUUACAACCGAUCGAAAUUUCGACCCCAUAAACCGUGUCUCAUAUACAGACCUGAUCGACCGAAAUUUUGGAAGACGUAUUAUCCACUGUGGCUUGCAUGUCAGAGUGGAAAUGAAAAAGUUGUUAAAUUUCUCAUUGAGGAGGGAGCAGAUGUGACAGAAUUAUCGGGAGACGAAUAUAUUCCUGAAGAAAAACAAAGCGCUUUAUCUGUUUGUCUGUGGCUUGGAUACGAUGAUUUGGUGGAUAUUAUUGUUGAAAAUGCGGACACGGAUUAUGUGGAUGAUUAUUUGUGUAAUCUUCAAGAGAAUGAAGGUGUUGUGGAUAUUUUGAUAGAGUCCACAAAAAGAGUGGAAAUGAAACAAAGGUUGAAAGAUCAAUUCAAAUGGACGCUUUUCAAUGCGAGAGAGUUGUUGAAUCAUGAUAUCACAAUUGAAUCAUUCAAGGGAAAUGCCAUUUCGCUUGUUGAAGGAUUUUAA